AUGGCGAGCCGUGCGGCCCAGAAGCGUCUGACGAGGGAAUACAAAAGCAUCACCGAGAACCCCCCUCCGUAUAUCACAGCGCAUCCGUCGGAUUCGAACAUCUUGGAAUGGCAUUAUAUCAUCACGGGCCCCGAAAACACCCCUUAUCAUGGCGGCCAAUACUGGGGAACAUUAAUAUUCCCGCCCAACUAUCCGUUUGCGCCGCCGGCGAUUCGGAUGCACACCCCGUCCGGUAGGUUCCAGCCGUCCAGCCGGCUGUGUUUGUCUAUCUCGGAUUUUCACCCGCGGUCCUUCAACCCUGCCUGGGAAGUCUCGACAAUCCUCAUCGGCCUGCUCUCGUUCAUGACGUCAGAGGAGAUGACGACGGGCUCUGUCUCGGCCACAGAAACCGAGCGCAAGUACCACGCAGCGCGGUCCCGCUGGUGGAACUCGACAGGGGGCGGAUCACAUUUGAAAGCGUCCAACGCCGGCAAAGGCAACGUCAAGGCGGGCGACGGCGGGGCCAAGUUCAAGUCUGAGUGGCCCGAAGCGGACCAGGAGAACUUCCAGUGGAUGAGAGAAAACAAGAUCGACACGGCCUCGGGCAACAAGCUAGACAAUGGUGGCCCGUCAUGCGGACCCCAGCUAGGCAUCGCUGCUGGCAGCGGUCACCAAGCCCAUGCGGUAGUGGAUGCAGUGAUUCAGCAAAGAGAUGCCGGCCAGGGCUGGCUGUUCAAGAACAAGUUGCUGUUGGCGGGCGGCCUCGUUUUCAUUUAUGUCCUCAUUGCAAGGAUCCUCGGGGAAGCGAGCGCAAGCUCAUGA